UCGGGCAGGGAUCUCAUGCGAUCGCCCUUCUCGGCGAAUGCUCGGCCGGCGAUCGUCCGCUCUCUCCCCGCACCCACUCACUGUCGACUCUUGGUCCGAGGUCGACUCCUGGGUAUCUAUCACCGCUCUUGAAUAUUCAUAUCAAGUCCUCGUUGUACUCGUUGUACAGAGCAGAACAAGGCAUGUCCGACGCGCAGGACACUAUCCUCGAGAGCGAACCCACGGCUGCUAUCCCAGCACCGCCGUUGCCUCCCGAUCUGCUCUUGGUCAUAUUCAUCCAUGGUUUCAAGGGAACGGACAGCACAUUCGUUCAGUUCCCACAGAGGUUGCAACAUAUCCUCUCCGAGACUAUCCCCAACACAGUUGUGGAAUGUAUUGUAUUCCCAGCGUACGAGACGAAAGGAGACCUGAACGAAGCUAUCGUCCGAUUUGCCGACUGGUUGACCAACCUAACCGUACAAAGAGAGGUUGCUAAUGGAUCAGGGGGUGGUGCAGGUAAAGCUAGGAUAGUACUUUGUGGACACAGUAUGGGUGGUCUACUCGCUGCGGACGCUCUCCUUGAGUUCGUCCAAACUCGUCCAGACAGCACAGCACCACUCUGGCCAAAUAUCGUCGCAUGCAUAGCCUUCGACACACCCUACCUCGGUCUGCACCCGUAUGUCUUCAAGAACAGCGCGACUCAAGCCGCCUCCUACGUCCAGUCCGCCCGCUCAGCAUUCUCCGCAUUCCAAUCCUUCACCUCCAAGUCCACCACGGCCACGACCACCGCCUCUGCGCCCAAGGCGGCCAUCACCGCGCCACCGAUGGCCGCUCAGACGUCCGCUGGUGCCUGGCAGAAAUGGGCCCCUGCGGCGUACGCGGUCGGCGGCGCACUUGUUGCCGGGGCGGCAGCGGGCACUGCGUACUGGAAGCGCGAUGACAUCGGGGUCGGUUACAAGUGGACGGCGGACCAUAUGAAGUACGUGGGGACGUUGUGGGACGAGGGGAGGCUGCACAAGAGGCUGGAACGGUUGUUGGCGAUCGAGAGAGACAUGGGGGUACUCUUCCGAACGUUAUACACCUUCAUUCCUGCAGAUCCCCCGACUCAGCCUGAGCCACGGAUGUUCAUCGUGCUCCCUAAGCGCGGUACCACGCUUGCGGAGCAUUUCUUGGAGGCGCCAAACACGCUCGCGCAGGACGAGGUGCAGGCCCACACGGGCAUGUUCGGCAGCAAGACCAACGAUGGGUACUACGAGCUCGGGCUGGUGACUGCUCAGUUUGUAAGAGACGCUGUCGCUGCCAGCAAGGAGUCUGCUGGUGAUACGGGCAAUGAAGGAACAACGGCAGCGACAGCGGAUGAGGUUAGGAUGGGGCACCCUGGCGAUAGUAGUGCUCAUCCACAGACGUCACCCCAGCCUGCUCAUACAGAAGAGGACCUUAUGUUGUGACACCCGUUCCCGGAGUAGUGCCGCUCUCGU